CACUUGCUGCCCCAUUGAGGACGAGGCGACAGCGCGAGCUGUGACCUGGUCGCUGAGGAGCCAGGCUAGAGGCGCGCAGAACUGAACUGCCCGGCAUCGGUAGCCCUGUCCUUUCUCCUUCCCAUUGUGUUGGAACCCUAAUAAAAGAAUAAAUCAACAAGAAGGACAAAGGAGAAGGCUGAAAUUGUGAAAAACCCAGCUGGGUUCUUUUGUUUGCAAACUUCUCCCUGUUUGGUGCUGCAACAAUGAGUGGGAAAUCCCUUCUCCUAAAGGUCAUCCUCUUGGGUGAUGGUGGAGUUGGGAAAAGCUCACUUAUGAACCGUUAUGUGACCAACAAGUUCGACUCCCAGGCUUUUCACACCAUUGGGGUAGAGUUCUUAAAUCGAGAUCUGGAGGUAGAUGGACGCUUUGUGACACUUCAGAUCUGGGACACUGCAGGGCAGGAGCGUUUCAAGAGCCUUAGAACACCAUUCUACCGGGGAGCAGAUUGCUGCCUGCUGACGUUCAGUGUGGAUGACUGGCAGAGUUUCGAGAACCUUGGUAACUGGCAAAAAGAAUUCAUUUACUAUGCGGAUGUAAAGGAGCCGGAGCAUUUCCCCUUUGUGGUUCUGGGUAACAAGGUAGACAAAGAGGAUAGGCAAGUGACGACUGAGGAGGCAAAAGCCUGGUGCAUGGAGAAUGGAAAUUAUCCUUAUCUAGAAACAAGUGCCAAAGAUGAUACCAAUGUGACAGUGGCCUUUGAAGAAGCUGUUAAGCAGGUUUUAGCUGUAGAGGAACAACUGGAACAUUGCAUGCUAGGCCACACCGUUGAUUUGAACAGUAGCUCCAAAGCAAGUUCUUCAUGCUGUUAG